CACACUUGUGAACAACAUCUAUUUUGAGCAGUGUACUUUUAUGCAUUUCCACAAGGUUGGUCGAUGCUCUAGAAAAUUCGUCUGAUAAAUUUAUCGUCUGUUAAAGCGGAUUGAAGCGCUGCUUAUUUCAUAUACUGAAUUUCUGAAUUUGGAAUUUGAAGAUAUUAAAAGAAAAUGGCGUAUCAGCGGAAUUUUUGUGAGACAACAACAGUUACGAAACGGACGGACCAUCGCUUCCCUAGGCUCCUUGGGACAUUUAAUGGACAAUCGGGAACAAUUAUCACACAGGAAACGAAUAAUGCAACACUGCCUAAAACAGAUGCUGAUUCCCAGAAGAAAAAGCGUAAUGUGUUUCUGUUCGUACCCAAUUUAAUAGAUUACAUGCGUGUGGUAUUCUUGGUUAUGUUUUGCUACGAAGCCUCUUAUGCCAACUACUAUGCGGCGGUAUGUUGCUACGUGGUCAAUUUCGCCCUGGAUGAAAUAGACGGAAACAUGGCGCGCUGGUUGGGACAGACCUCUGAGUUUGGUAUGCUGUUGGACAUUUUGACAGACGAGGCGUCCGUGACCUGUGUUUGCAUGGUGCUUGCGACGCUUUAUCCCGCAUGGCUUCUGGCCUUUCAGGCGCACUGCGUCAUCGACUUUAUGGGGCAGUGGACCUUAUAUUACUAUGCCGGUCGCUACAAAAACAACGAUUUCAAGACGAAGGACAAUUGGAUUCUUGACAUUUACUUCAAUUCAUAUGUGCCUAGUUUUCUAUGGGUGUACGGUAACCAUGUCUUCCUCAUCUCGCUGUAUCUCUGCAACUACGCAAGCGGUCCUCUGGUAGGUGCAUUCGGGCUCGAAAUUGGAUUAUGGAAAUUGUUGGCCUGUGUGUCUGCUCCACUGUCCAUUUCCAGACUGGCGAUUAUGUUGAACCUGCUCCUCACUCAGAUGUACAACGUCGGCCAAAUGGACAUGCAACGGUACUCCCAAGCCCCCGACUUAACCAACGGGAACGCCAAGCAGGGCUGAAUAUUGGUCAGCCAGAAAGCCACGGUUGAGGAGCUUUGAAUUAAGUGGCACUUGAUGACUUUUAUUAGAAGAUACUCGUAUAAAUCACACGAUAAAUUUGAACAUGACAGUGUGAAUUAUAGAGUGUUGACCCUUGCCUUUUCAGUACGUGAUAGACAUCAUGUGAUAUGGAUGUGAAAUAUGGGACGCAUGUAUUUUGGUUGUAUGACAUUUUAUCACAGGGUAUGAAACGUCUUUUAAUGACUGGCAGUAUCCUGACGCGAUUGAUUAUAUGUAUAUAUGGUUUAGUAAUUAUUGAUAUUUUUCUGACGCCAAUGUCUGCUGCUACUUAAAUUAACAUAAAACGUACUUUGUGCCUGGUUUUUGAAAUGCCCGUUUCCACUUUCAUAGACUGGUAUCCUCAUUCUCUUUUCUCCCAAAAUGAGCUAAUAUUUUACGAAAAAGUAACGUAGGGUUCCAGUCUAAGUUUUCAAAAUUUGAUCUUAAUAAUAAUAGUUUUACACAACAAAUUGAGUCGCAUUGCGACGUUGAAUUCCUAGUUAAAAAUAUAAACCAAGCCAAAAAACGCUAUACUUUUUUCUCCACUUUGUUAUAUUUUAUUGUUGCACGUAUGAGUAUUUUCAUGUUUUGUCUUUGACUUUAUAAUAUAAAUUUAUCUUUUUUGCCAGUAAUGUGUUUCACAA